UCAUCUAGUUUAACGUCUCCAUCCUGUGAAGUAGGUAUUGUAUUCUCCGCAUUUUAUAGAGGAGAAUCUAGGCUCAGAGAGAGGCGGUAACCUGCCCAGGCCCGGCUUCCACGGGGCGCCCCUACCCGGGCCUUUAGUCCCAGGCACCCAGUGCGCCGCCGUCGGGGCGGCUCCGCUGGGCCCGCACCGCCUUCCGGGCCGCGGGGCAGGCAGGGGCGGGGCCGGCCCAGAGCCUCGCGGGCGGCUGGAGGCGAGUCGCGGGCCAUGGAGCAGGGCGGAUGCCGCUACCAGUUUCGCAUCGCGCUGCUGGGGGACGCGGCCGUGGGCAAGACGUCGCUGCUGUGGCGCUGCGUGGCGGGCGCGCCCCGGACACCGCAGCCCGAGCCAGAGCCAGAGCCGGAUCCCACGGUGGGCGUCGAGUUAUACAGCCGCAAACUGCAGCUGCCGGCCGGGCCGCCCGUCAAACUGCAGCUCUGGGACACCGCAGGCCAGGAGCUCUUCAGGUGCAUCACCAGGUCCUUUUACCGGAAUGUAGUGGGUGUCCUACUGGUCCUCGAUGUGACCAACAGGAAGUCAUUUGAACACAUCCGAGACUGGCACCAGGAGGUCAUGGCCACUCAGGGCCACGACAAGGCCAUCUUCCUGGUAGUUGGCCACAAGAGUGAUCUGCAGAGCACCCGCUGUGUCUCUGCCCAGGAGGCAGCGGAGCUGGCUGCCUCCCUGGGCAUGGCCUUCAUGGAGACCUCAGCCAAAAAUAACUGCAAUGUGGACCUGGCCUUCGACACCCUGGUGGACGCCAUCCAGCAGGCCCUGCAGCAGGGGGACAUCAAGCUGUAGGAGGACUGGGGCUGGGUCCAGCUCUUCUAUGAAACUCAAAUCCCCAGGUCCCCCAGCAGGAAGCAGCACCCAGGCCUGUGCCAGUGUUGACUCCAGGAGGGAAGGGCUAAAGCAGUGCCAACCUCAGAAGUGGUGGGAUGGGGAGUGUGUGGAUCUCUCUGGAGGGCAAAUGGCAGAAUGUAUCCAGAGGGUUAUUAAAAACAGUAGCUUAAUGCAGCCACGCCUCUUGGAUUUGGGGUGGGGGGUCACAGAGCUCAGCACUCUUCUGGCAGAAAAGCCUGAGAGGCCAGGUGUG